AUAAAGCUUAACAACAUAAAUAUAUGUACAUUUUACACAUACCCUCAAAUCAACCAACAUAAACCCAUUUUUGCAACAAAGAAAUGGCGACACCAAAGACUUGGUGCACAAAUUUACUCCUUUCUCUCCUCCUCAAGUCCUUUCUUUUCUUCUCCUUCGCCCCUCGACCUAUCGUCGCUGCAUCCUCCGAUGAAUUUAUCCGGCCACCUGCUCGGAACAUUGUCCUUACUCCCCACAAGCGUUCCGCUUCAGAUCCCCAACAGGUACAUGUGUCACUGGUUGGAAAUGACCGAAUGAGGGUGUCAUGGAUAACGGAAGGCAAAGAAAUGGCACCAUCAAUAGUAGAAUAUGGAACAAAGUCGGGAGAAUAUGAGUCAAAUGCGAAAGGAGAUCACAAGACGUACCAUUAUUUUUUGUAUAGUUCGGGAAGAAUACACAAUGUUGUAAUAGGACCAUUGAAGCCUAACACAACUUAUUAUUAUCGAUGUAGUAAAAAACAGCCCGAGUUUUCCUUCAAAACACCUCCUUCCUCUUUUCCCAUCGAGUUUGUCGUUGUUGGGGAUCUUGGUCAAACUGAGUGGACAAAAUCGACAUUGGAACAUAUUGGCCAAAAUGACUAUGAUGUAUUUCUACUACCGGGUGACCUCUCUUAUGCCGAUACCCAACAACCACUUUGGGACACCUUUGGACGUUUAAUUGAGCCUUACGCGAGCCAACGACCUAUGAUGGUAACCGAGGGAAACCAUGAGGUUGAGUUCAUCCCCUUAGUGGCCGACUCAUUUAGGGCAUACAAUGCAAGAUGGCGUAUGCCCUACGAGGAGAGUGGCUCCUCCUCGAACCUUUACUACUCGUUUGAUGUAACCGGAGCUCACAUCAUUAUGCUAGGGUCAUACACGGACUAUGAUGCUAACUCAGCCCAAUACGUGUGGCUACAAAUCGACUUGGCUAAAAUUGAUAGGGCUAAGACACCAUGGGUCAUAGUGUUGCUUCAUGCACCAUGGUACAACUCAAAUACUGCUCAUAAAGGCGAAGGAGAGGAGAUGAGACAAGCUAUGGAGGAAUUGAUGUAUAAAGCUAGAGUUGAUGUGGUUUUUUCGGGUCAUGUCCAUGCCUAUGAACGUUUUACCAGAGUUUAUAACAACCAAGCUGAUCCGUGUGGUCCUAUUUAUAUUACAAUUGGUGAUGGAGGAAAUAGAGAAGGCCUUGCUUUAGUGUAUGAGGAUCCUGCACCAUCAAUCUCGAAGUACAGAGAAGCAAGCUUCGGACAUGGACGUUUAAGAUUGUUGGAUGGUAAUAAAGCUCAUUGGUCAUGGCAUCGGAACAAAGAAUCGAAUGCCUCAACCAUUGCAGAUGAAGUAUGGCUUCAAAGCUUAAGCUCCUCCACCUCUUGCUUGCCUAAUGACUCAAUGACUAAACACGACGAAUUUAAAAAUGUUUGGAUUUCUUUUUCUAUAUAACAUAUAGAGAAAUGAAUAUUUAGCUUUUCAUCUCAAUUAAUUUUGAAGUAUUAUGUAAAUGUGCAAAGGUUUUUUUAUUUUAGCCUCAGGAUUUGCAAUUAGCAAUUGGUGAUUUGAUGGAAUUUGUAUUUUCAUUAACAACUAUAUUGUUUAGAUAUGGAUUUGAAAUUAUUAACCUCGUCAUGUAUUCAUGUAAUCAAUGAUUUUAGAUAAUUAAUUUUAUUUUAUGGACUCAAAACUAGUAUGUACUUCCUUUUUUUUUUUAUACUUGCAACACACCUUUUAUCACGGUUAUCGAUGAGGUGAUUAAACUAGGUAACUGAAUGAAUUAAUCUAUGAAGUUUAAACCGUAGUAACUUAUCCCUUUCUUCUUAUUGGUGUUAAAAUUUUGUAAUUUAAUUUAUCCGUUUACCUAGUCUAAUAUCUUCUUUAACAUGCGUGCCAAAAGGGUGUGUUGCACUAAAUAUACCGAGGAAACAUAAUUCUUUGGGCCUUUUAGAGUUUUAGUAAGCCAAGGAAGAGGAAAUAUGACUUUAGUAGUUAUUACUAAUCCAACGUAUAAUUAUUUAUGGCUAGACUCUAGUCUAGCCAUUUAUCCCUACACCCCCCUAAAACGACGCGUUUAAACACAUACCACUACCCCCACACAUCCCAACCUACCCCACAGUAACUUCCCUCUAAAACCGCCAGUAACUUCCCACUACCCCACCCACAUAUAUAUAUAUAUAAUUAAAAAAAAACUUUUCAAAUGAUCACAUUUACUCUGCAUUUUCUCUCUCAUCCUCUUUCUCCAAUUUCUCACUCAACCUCCAUUUUCUCUCUCUACUCCAUUUUCGUACAUGCAAUUAGCAAGUAAAAUCGUCUAAAA